AUGGACUCCAAGCGCCCUAAAUUAUGUUCUCUGGAAACUGAUAAUGCUGACAAUGAAGUGGAUAUCCUUCAACCCAGAGAAGUUGGAAUCACUACGUUCGUACAACCUUUAGUUCAAGGUUUUGACGCAACGUUGAAAAAUAGAUGGGAAGACUUCAUUGUCCGUGAAUUUAGAGGUCAAAAUUAUGCAAAGCUUACUGAUUUAGCACCAAUUCCGGAUCCUACUCCUGAAGUUUAUGAUUUUAAUAUGGAAAAGAAACUUGAAGUUCAUUUGUCUGGACUUCAAAAUUUGAGCCGCGGUGAUAGUGAAGUAUUAAAAAUUAAAGCCCCAGAUAAUAAAGCAGACAGAACACAGAUCCACCAAGCAAUACGUGCAUUAUUCCCAUCACUUGAAAGCACGACAUCAAAAGACGGCAAUGAAAAUAUGAUUGUUGUACAUCGAAAAGACCAUCCUGAAGCCAAAGGUUCACGACAUUCUAAAAGAAAAGCCGAUGGUAUGUCUAAAAGUGCACCAUACUGCCAUUUUGUACUUUACAAGGAGGGUAAAGACACACUUAGUGCUAUCCAAGUUCUCAGUCGUUUCCUACAUGUUGGACCCAGUAUAUUUUCAUUUGCUGGUACGAAGGAUCGUCGAGCAAUUACCACACAAUUUGUUACAGCGAAAGGUAUAAAUUCGAAAACACUAUCAUUGCUGAAUGCACGGCUUCAUGGCUUACGUUUAGGCAAUUUUUCAUACGUUUCUUCUCCUCUGUUUCUCGGAGAUUUAGAUGGAAAUCAGUUUGUAGUUGUGCUAAGAUCGGUGUGUGCACCAAGAUCCGUCGUUGAAACUGCAGUCGGGACUUGGAAAAACACUGGUUUUGUGAACUAUUACGGUCUUCAAAGAUUUGGACAUUCUCCCAAAUCCAAAAGUUUCGAAAUUGGAAAAUAUCUUAUUCGUUCGAAAUGGGCGGACGCUAUUGACCUUAUCUUGAAACCAACUUAUGCAGAUUUACCUUUUCUUAGAAAAGUUAAAGAAAAAUUCUUACAAUCCGGUGAUGCAAAGGGUUGUGCUGACGAUUGUCCAUUGGGUAUAGAAAAAACUUUACUGUUAGGUAUUGCGAAGUAUGGCAAAACUUUGAAUGCCAUCCAAAUGCUUCCUCGAAACCUUCGCCAACUCUAUGUACAUAGUUAUCAAUCUUUCUUAUGGAACCAUGUGGCAAGUCUACGCAUGACUCAUCAGAAUCCUGGUGACUUUUUCGCUAAGCCUGGUGAUCUUUAUUAUAAUGAUCAGAAUGUAAUAACUACAGAUAAUUAUGAAGAUGAUAUUAACUUCGACGAAUCUGUGUUAGAAACAGACAACUCUUCAGUAUCAUCGGCGAAUUCCCUCCCAUCAUCUAAAUUAUCAUUCAUACAUCCACUAGUAGUUGGAGAAAAUGAAAAAAUCCCUUUAAAUUCAGUUGUACUUCCUGUUCCUGGUUACGCUGUACAAUAUCCUAAAAAUAAUAGCGCUGAUUGGUAUACCGAAUUACUAAAAGAAGAUUGUUUGACAGUCAAAGAUUUCAGUCAUUCAGUUAAAGAUUUUGCACUCCCUGGUUCUUAUCGGAAAUUAAUUGUUGUCCCGGAAAACGUUAAAUACGAAUUUCAUGAAUAUUCAAACCCUGAUAUACCUCUAGUGAAGUCUGAUCUUCAGUUACUAAAUGGUACAAUUACAAGUAGUAUUUUAACUCCUGCUUCACAAAAUGAGACACAAAAUAAUGAUAUCUGCUUAGAUAAAGAUGGAAAACAGCAGGCUAUCGUCUUAACGUUCAAUUUACCGAAAUCCAGUUACGCUACAAUGGCAAUACGCGAAUUAACGAAAACUGUUAUAGAGAAGAAAUAGCAUUUUAUGAAUAUUCCUUUCUGAAACUUGAUUACCUAAACCGCAUCCCGUUAAAUUAUGUGUACUUUCCCUUAUUGUUAAUAGUUCUCAAUUAAUAUGAUCUAUAUAUAUUCUACUUGGGACAAUUAUCCAAACAGAAUUUGCCACUUUGAGUCAAUUAAAAACAAGGAAAAUUAAUCCGACAUAAGUUAUUAUUCUAUUGAAGAAGAGUAGGAAUUUUUUAUGACAUAUUGUUCUUUAUCUAUGUCUUAUUAAGAAUUACGUAGUCCUUCGCCUACUGGCCUGAAAACCCAAGACGUGAAA